CCGAAAUUGAAUAUAAAAUAAAAAACGAAUCAGAUCCCUUUCUUGCUUUUUUUCUUUCAAAUUUCUCUUUCCUUAUAUUAUGUCCGAGAAAUUGGAACAAGACAAGGUUUCCAACAACGUUGUUUACAAUGAUGAUGAAUAUCAUCAUGAUGAACUUGCUGGUCCCGAGCCUACAGAAGAAGACUGGAAGUCUUUGCGUGAAGUAGCUGACAAGAUUCCUGCUUCUGCUUACCUCGUCAUUGUCAUUGAGUUCUGUGAACGUUUCACUUACUAUGGUCUUAGUGGUCCUUUCCAAAACUAUAUCCAAUAUCCCGCCCCAGAAUCAUAUCCCGCUGAUCAAGCUGGUGCCAUGGGUAGAGGUCAACAAACUGCUACCGCUCUCACCACCUUUUUCCAAUUCUGGUGUUAUAUCACUCCCAUUAUUGGUGCUGUCGUUGCUGAUCAAUACCUCGGCAAGUACCGUACUAUUGUUCUUUUCUCUUGCUUCUACAUUGUUGGUUUGGUCAUCUUAACUGCUACUGCUUCUCCUGCCGCCAUCGCUAAUGGUGCUGCUUUCCCUGGUUUUAUUGUUGCUAUCAUCAUCAUUGGUCUUGGUACUGGUGGUAUUAAAUCUAAUGUCUCUCCUCUUGUCGCUGAACAAUACCAAUCCAAAUCACCUUAUAUUACUACAACAGCCAAAGGUGAACGCGUCAUUGUUACUCCUCAAGCUACUUAUCAAAAGAUUUUCAACUUGUUCUACUGGGGUAUCAACGUUGGUUCUCUUUCCGCUAUUGCUACCACUGAAUUAGAAAAGAACGUUGGUUUCUGGCCUGCUUACCUUUUGCCUACUUUGAUGUUUGCUAUUGGUAUCGUUGUCAUUCUCCUCGGUCAUAAGCGUUAUGUCCAAACACCCCCUCGUGGUUCCGUCUUUGUCGAAGCCUUCAAGUUGUUCACUCUCAGCUGGAAGGUCAAGGGUGGUAUGGAAGCCUGUAAGCCCUCUAACCUCGCUGCUGAUCACCCUGAACUUGCUGUCAAGGCCACUUGGGAUGAUGUCUUUGUUGAUGAAUUGAAGCGUGCUCUCAGAGCUUGUAUUGUCUUCUGUUGGUACCCUAUCUACUGGCUCUGUUAUUCUCAAAUGACAAACAACCUUGUCUCUCAAGCCAGUACCAUGUGGACUGGUAAUGUCCCUAAUGAUAUUAUGCAAAACAUUGAUCCUCUUGUCUUGAUCAUUACUAUUCCUCUUAUGGAUCGUAUUGUCUAUCCCGGUCUCCGUCGUGUUGGUAUUCCCAUGCGUCCUAUUUUCAGAAUUUCUUUGGGUUUCUUGUUCGCUUCUGUUGCUAUGGCCUACACUGCUGGUAUCCAACAACGUAUCUAUGACAACACUUCUGAAUACCCCAUCUCUGCUGGUUAUCAAAUCCCCUCUUAUGUCUUUAUCGCUUUCUCUGAAAUCUUUGCCUCUAUCACUGGUCUUGAAUACGCUUACAAGAAGGCUCCUCAAUCAAUGAAGUCCAUUGUUAUGGCUCUCUUUUUGUUCACUAACUGUAUUGCUUCUAUCCUUGGUUUUGCCUUGGUCUCUGUUGCUGUUGAUCCCAAGUUAACCUGGAUGUACACUGGUAUUUCUGCUGCUUCUUUCAUCUGUGCUAUCUUGGUUUACGCCUUCCACCACAAGAACGAUAAAAAUGAUGUUGAAGAUGAUGCCAUUGGUCGUACUGGAAAGCAAGCUGAAGAUUAUAACAAAAAUCAAGCCACUGUUGAAUUCGAAGCUGAAAAAAGUGUUGUGUAAAUUUUCUUUAUCUAAUUACUAUUACUAUUCCUUAUUAUUCAUCUUAAUAUCUUUUUUUUUUUUUUUAUUACAAUUGAUCUACAGCAGUGCUGUCAUAUCAAAAAUGAAUAAAAAAUCUUUUCACUAUUUUCUCCAAA